AUGACGGGCCCGGUGCCAAGUUUCCUCAAAGGAAUGUCUGGAAUCACCUGGGAACACGAGUCCCCCUUUCUCGAGGUGGAUUAUGAGGAACGUCACCCUCUAGGCGCGCCGAGCUUGAAGCACUUGGCCAUGAAGCAGACGCUUCGCGACCAACGGAGCUUGAGUCAAUCGCAUUUUGUCGAUAUUCCUUGGUUAAUUGCCAAAGAGAUAUGGGAUUAUCUCAGUCGGAGUGGAAAGCGAACACUGCAUAUGUGGAAAAUCUUCUGUGCUUGCUACCCCAUCGAGUUCCGGCAAGUUUCACCAUUUUGCCGAAUGACAGUGGACAAGCCUAGCUUUCUCAUGCGAGAUUAUCUCAAUCUGGUGAAGAGUACAGGCUGCGACUGGGCCACUCAACUGGUCCUCUGGACCGAGUACGCAUUUACCCCGGAGCUGGUCAAGAUUGCCGACGUGAUUAACCUCGUGUCCUUGGAAGUAAAUACAGGUAUGACGGUUGCAUACCAGGAUGAGAACAUAAACGAAGCGAUUUCAACUGUUGACGAUCGUAUUCUUCGCACGUGGACGGAGCUUAUUGAAAGCUCGGAGGCCUUUCGCCACUUGCGAAUAUUGAAGUUAAAUGCACAGCGGCAUCUGACGACAGCCUCAUUUCGCUACUUGUCUAGAUUCCCUUCUCUCGAAUACUGCAUUGUGGCCAUGUGCGACGCCCUGACGAGCAAGUCUGCCAUCACGGCCGCCGAGGCACACGGGUGGCAGAUUUGCCAGGAUAAACCCAAGGGGGCCUUGUACGAUUUUUCAGAGAGAAGAGUUGAAUUACAAAUGAAAUGGAGAGACCAGGUCCCAGACGGUUUAAUCCCACCUUCGCUACCGAAGGAUAUCCCAGUUCUCGAGUAUAUCGUCGGACAGAUGCGGGAGAGACUAGCGGUUGGGUCUUUUGUUUACGUUUUUCGCCGCAAUCGUACAAAUACAAGCGAGACGAAUAAGAGAAAACCUGAAGACCGACUGCCACCCAAAGGGGGCCGCAAGAUGAAGAAGCCUGCGAUGAAGGGGCGUGGCAAGGACCUGUCGGGUCUUUUGGGAGAGUUUAUGUGA